AUGAGUCAAUGCUAUUUCAGCCUGCAGGCGAAGUUUAUGGACCUAGCAGACAGGGGCAAUGAUGCCCCCACCGCCGGCCCGUACUGGACCCCUGCAUCUCGGGCAGUCUUCGGGGCUGAACGUCGGGGGAGAAAAGCGAGCGACAGUGAGCCGCUGGGCCAACUGCUCCUGGCGCGGUACCUGCGCCUCGGACCCUGCCGCCAGGCAGGCAGUCACGAAAGAGCUCUCGAAAAAGGAGCACUCGGCUGGCAGGCCCCUCUGCAUCAGUCGGGUACCCAGACGAGUCUCCAGGAGGGUCGCUCACAGGCUCUCAGUAGGAUGCUCAGGUGGGACGGGUUCCGUGAGAAGAGACGCCGGCAGGAGCAGCCGCGUUCCGCUUGCCCCGAGAGCCAGGCUCUCCGCACAACUAGCGCUGGGGAAGGAGGGAGCGCCGCUUCAGCAACAGAGGAAGGCUGCAGUUGCAUCCAGUUCCACUCCCAUCGGGCCCAGCGAGGCCGUGGCAUCGCUGAAGGGUCUGACCUACCAGACGCUGCGGGCAGGGAGCUCAGCCCUUGCCCGCACGACUCUGCGGCCGUUCUUCCCCGCGGAGGCUCCCGGGCCCGCUGUGUCCCGAGGCCGGCCGGGGAUCAGCUGGGGCUCGCACGGGGCCUGGCAGCCCGCGCCGCGUGGGGACCCAGGGCCGCGCGGCCGCGCUCGGGAGGCUCGAGGGCGGGGAUGAGAGGACGGAAAAAGCCCGAAGGCAGGAUCACGCUGUCGGCCGACAUCAGCCCAGCCGGCUGUAGGUAAUGUGCGUUCUCUCAAGUCCCUCGACCACGGCAGUGUCUCGUGGACCUGGAGGCUCGGUGUAAUAAGGGGGAGCCCGUGGGACACGGACAGCCCCCGCUCUGGAGCCGCCGGACCAUGCCGUCUGACGAGCCCCUCCCUGGGAGGGUGUGGGACGCUCCCCAGAGGCGUCGCGGUCUGCAGAGAAGCGUAAGAGCCGGCCCUCGAAGGCUCCUUCCGCUCCGGGGAGAAGCGCAUGACUUUAGCCGACCUCUCAUCUGUAUCCUGCUUGAAAAGCGAGGCCGCUGUAGGAGACUUCCAGCAAGUAGCAGAGUACGAAAUAGUGUCCACGCUGCUUCUCAUGGAGCAGCGGAGAGCGCAGCCUUUUUCAGCAGUAGGUCUGUUCCGCAGGUGCAUUUUCAUCCAUGCGCUUAAAGAGACCGGGUUUUCAAGAGCCGAGUCACACCAGAUUGGCGAGGGAGUAGCUCGGUGCGCAGCGCGCCCACAAAUUCAGCGUGAUUUCACAUCAGGCCUCGCGCAAGACAGGUGUGUGAGCUCCGCUCGGCACCGCAGCCCCGGGUGGACACAUCUUGCGGGGCGGGGACAGAGCUGCCGGCUCCCGGCGGCACCGCAGCCGUCGGGGCUGCACGUCGGGGGCGGCUGCAGGAGAUCCCGGAGCCCGCCGCGGUCGGGGCGCUUAGCACCACUACCUAAAGUAUGCUUGGCAGCAAAAAUCCCACGGACUCCGGAGACGAGCCCAGUUUCUAACAUGCACGGCUGCUUUGGAAGCCCCGCUCUCCCGCGUCGCUCACUGGGUUUGGAUUCAUCAGCUGGCCGAGGCCAAACAGGAGACGCACCGGAGCAGUUUUACGACGUGGAACAUUCCACUGGUGCCAAAUGUUAACAGGAUCAGUCUCAGCAAUAACAAUUGCCAUGGUGGGAGUGUAGCAUACAAAUCCAGAUACAGGGGGCAAUCUGCCCAUAUUUUGGCCGCCGUGACAGUUCAUUAAACCGGUCCAAAUAGGAGUUAGGUUUUGUUGGGGUUUUAUUUGUUUUUUUGGGUUUUUUUGGGUUUUUUUUGUUUGGUUUGGAUUUUUGGGGGAGUUUUUGUUUUCGUUUUUUUUUUUU